AUGAAGAUCGAAGAGGUAAAGAGCACUACUAAGACUCAGCGGAUAGCCACUCAUAGCCACGUGAAGGGACUUGGUUUGGAUGAGAAUGGCGACGCUCUCACUAUGGGUUCUGGCCUCGUGGGUCAAGAAACUGCCCGGGAGGCAGCAGGAGUUGUGGUUGAACUAAUAAAAUCUAAAAAGAUGGCUGGAAGAGCAAUCCUCUUAGCUGGUCCCCCGGGAACUGGAAAGACUGCAUUAGCUCUUGCUAUUGCUCAAGACCUUGGUCCAAAGGUACCAUUCUGUCCAAUGGUUGGGAGUGAAGUGUACUCUUCUGAAAUCAAGAAGACAGAAGUUUUAAUGGAGAACUUUCGAAGAGCAAUUGGCUUGAGGAUCAAGGAAACAAAAGAAGUUUAUGAAGGAGAGGUAACAGAACUGACACCCUGUGAAACGGAGAAUCCCAUGGGAGGAUAUGGUAAAACUGUUAGCCAUGUGGUAAUAGGACUGAAAACAGCUAAAGGGACCAAGCAGCUUAAGCUGGAUCCUUCAAUAUAUGAAAGUCUUCAGAAAGAAAAAGUAGAAGUUGGUGAUGUGAUAUACAUUGAAGCAAACAGUGGAGCAGUCAAGCGUCAAGGAAGAUCUGACACAUUUGCUACAGAAUUUGAUCUUGAGGCUGAAGAAUAUGUUCCACUACCCAAAGGUGAUGUUCACAAGAAGAAGGAAAUUGUGCAGGAUGUAACUCUACAUGACCUCGAUGUGGCUAAUGCAAGACCACAGGGAGGACAAGAUAUUCUCUCCAUGAUGGGACAGCUAAUGAAGCCUAAGAAGACAGAAAUAACAGACAAAUUAAGAAAAGAGAUAAACAAGGUGGUCAACAAAUACAUCGAUCAAGGAGUUGCGGAACUGGUUCCUGGCGUGUUGUUUGUGGAUGAGGUUCACAUGUUGGAUAUCGAAUGUUUUACUUAUUUACAUCGAGCUUUAGAGUCAACCAUUUCCCCGAUUGUUAUCUUUGCAACAAAUCGAGGAAACUGCACAAUAAGGGGCACGGAAAUAAGCGCUCCCCACGGGAUACCCUUGGAUCUGUUGGAUCGACUCAUGAUCAUCCGCACCUUACCCUACUCACAAGAUGAAAUGGUUCAAAUUAUUCGCAUUAGAGCACAGACAGAGAACAUUCAAGCGGAUGAUGAAUCGCUGGGCCUUUUAGGAGAAAUCGGCACUAAAACUACUUUAAGAUAUGCAGUUCAGUUGCUGACGCCGUCUAACCUACUCGCCCGCAUUAACGGUCGUUCGAGUAUCAACAGACAGGAUGUGGAAGAAAUAAACGAGCUAUUUUACGACGCCAAAUCCUCAGCUAAACUUUUGGCAGAGCACGAGGACAAGUAUAUGAAGUGAAGAUAAUGAGCUUGAGCCGUAUCGCCAAGAGAGAUGUUCUUUCUUUGUAAUACUUUUAGUUUCGUGUCAAAGCACUGUUAAGUCAGGUGUGGUAACUAUUUAAAACUGUUACAGUAUAAGCGUUUGUAUGUCGUUGAGAGUGUUUUUUAUAUAAAGGAUUGAACGGUUUCAAAGUC